ACUUUUGCGACGUAAGAUCCACAUCAGCUCAACUCCACUCACAUCCCAGCCGGCACUUCCUCACUUUCUCAACUGUCUCGCCCCACACCGCUCCCUGCCUCCUUUUUGGCUGAUUAUAGAGGAGAAUUCAGCACCCCCCGCCCCUCCUGAGAGCUGGCUUCCUGCUAGGUCGGGCUGUCGGGCUCUUUUCCUGCUGCCCGUCGCUCGCUUGCAAGAGGGCUGAAUGGUUACACCGGGCAGGUUGGCUCCAUAAUGUUAGGGACUGUGAAAAUGGAAGGGCAUGAAACCAGCGACUGGAACAGCUACUACGCCGACACUCAGGAGGCCUAUUCCUCGGUGCCCGUGAGCAACAUGAACUCGGGGCUGGGCUCCAUGAACACCAUGAACACCUACAUGACCAUGAACACCAUGACGACGAGUGGCAACAUGACCUCCAGCUCCUUCAACAUGUCCUACGCCAACACGGGGCUGGGGGCUGGGCUGAGUCCCGGCGCCGUGGCCGGCAUGCCGGCGGGCUCAGCGGGGCCGGUGAACGGCAUGCCGGCCAGUGUGGCCGCCAUGGGCACGGCGCUGAGCCCCGGUGGUAUUAAUGCCAUGUCUGCACAGCCGGCCCCCAUGAAUGGGCUGAGCCCCUAUGGCGGCAUGAACCCCUGCAUGAGCCCCAUGGCCUACACCCAGUCCAAUCUUGGCAGGACACGGGACGCUAAGACCUUCAAGCGGAGCUAUCCCCACGCCAAGCCACCCUACUCCUACAUAUCCCUCAUCACCAUGGCCAUCCAGCAAGCACCCAGCAAGAUGCUGACGCUGAGUGAGAUCUACCAGUGGAUCAUGGACCUUUUCCCCUACUACCGGCAGAACCAGCAGCGCUGGCAGAACAGUAUCCGCCACUCGCUCUCUUUCAAUGACUGUUUUGUCAAGGUGGCCCGCUCCCCUGACAAGCCUGGCAAGGGCUCCUACUGGACCCUGCAUCCUGACUCCGGCAAUAUGUUUGAAAAUGGUUGUUACCUCCGCCGGCAAAAGCGCUUCAAGUGCGAGAAGCCGGCAAACAGCAAAGCCCCUCAGGAGGGCAGGAAAGAUCAGGCUGGGGCCUCCAGCUCAAGCUCCAACUCCCCCCUGCACAGAGGCCACAACAAACCUGCGCAGCUGGACACCACCACCUCCCUCUCCAGCUCCAACCCAUCCACCAGCCCCCAGUCUAUGGACCACAGUGGAUCAAGUGCAGAGCUAAAGACCUCGGCCUCAGCCGCCUCUUCCACCAUCAGCUCCGUCCCCACCUUGGCCUCUGUCCCGCACCCCCCUCACUCCUUAGCACACGAACCCCAGCUCCACCUCAAGGGUGAUCCCCACUAUUCCUUCAACCACCCCUUUUCCAUCAACAACCUAAUGUCCUCCUCGGAGCAGCAGCACAAGCUGGACUUCAAAGCUUAUGAGCAGGCACUACAAUACUCCUCCUAUGGGGCCAGCAUCCCCAGCGGGCUGCCCCUGGGCAGUGCCUCCAUGGCAAGCCGGAGCAGCAUUGAGCCCUCGGCCCUAGAGCCCUCCUACUACCAAGGUGUGUAUUCCAGACCCGUGCUAAACACCUCCUAGCUCUGCACCCCCUGCCGCCGCCGGAGGCGAGAUCCCUCUCCCCAUCCUGGCUUCUCUCCCCACUUUCCCUGAGACAAACCAAGGUGUUUCCGCACGUUGCGUGCAAAGGACUGUUACUUUUUAAUUGUCUCGCAACGCAUUAUGUGUUGUUAUGAUCCACCACGACCUCUUGCAAAGCCGCCCGUGUCCCGCUUGUACAUACCCCCUCCGGCCCCUGCUGCCCAGCCCCUUCCCCCAGAGACACCACCUCCCCACUCCCAGCCUAUGCAGGGUGUUAUUAAAAAGAAGAAAAAAAAUGUUCAGCUUGUAAACUACUUGUUUGUGCUUUCUGCCCCCUCGUCGCUCUCCCUUAUGUGCUCUAUAAUCUCAUGUAAGUUUACAGGUAUGUGGCAAUACUUUAACAAUACGGAGAUGAAGAAGCGAGUAGACUUUUUUUUUUUAAUUAAAAAGGCUUUGAAGGACAAUACUGCUGUGAAGUAGCAAAACACUAAGAGAAUCUCUAAGCAACAAGAGGACUAUUUACUUUCUCGGAUCACCCUUUUGAUACUUGCAAAAUAAACCUUCGACUAGUACAACCCGCAUACACCCAGAUGCUGCGGGCCAGAUCCUGCACUCCCGAGGGGACCAACUGGAGCUUUGGAGUGCAGGAUGCGGCCCUUAUUUUUAAUCAAGUGUUACCUGUAUUGGAAUAUAAUACAAAGUUACAAGAGGUCACAGCCAGUUGGAUUUUUUUUCUUUCCCAUCUGUUACUGAAGAUUCUCGUUCAUCAGGAACUCUCAUCAACAUGUGGAUGACAUACUUAUUUAAUUUAAGUGUCUUCAUUGUGUACCAGCUAGAACUGUGUAUUUAUAACCAGGUUAUUUUCCCCCUUCCCCAGGAAACGGUGACUAUUACACCGAUGCAAGGAAAAGAGGACAGCUCUGUCUCUCCUUCUUUUUCCAACUUGUUUAAUAAUUCUUUUUUGUGGCCGUUUAAUUAUCACCAUCAUUAGCUUGUUUCAUCCAGUGUUAUUGCACUUUCCACAGUUUUACACGGUGUUAGCAUAGCCAGACGGGUUUUAUUAUUAUUCCUGUUCGCUGUCUCAAUGUUCUUAAUUUAUUGCAUGGUUUAUAUUGUUUUCUUUCUUUACAGCUGGAAAUUGCUUUAAAUGACAGUAAAAAAAAGAGAAUUACACGUCAAUUUAAGAAAUUUUGUUAAUUUUAUAAAUGUGAUUGUAAUUGAAAAAAUAUUUUGAUUUAAAACGAUAACUGAGAAUUUAACGCGUGAAGUAUGUUUUUGAUCACUUGCAGUUAAGGAUUUCAAAUAAAUCAAAUGUUAUCAAUUAAAUACUUCUGCUAUCUUCUUUCAAAAUUUCUGGGGCGGGUUACGGAGAACGGAGCCUUGUGCAAGAAAAUCAAAACGUAGUUCUAAAGUGUGGAUGUGAAGAGGAAGGAUUUGUACGGCCAGGUUUGUGCAGGGGGAAGGCAGGGGACGUGCUGCGAUGCCACCGGCCUGUGAGGCUGUGAGUGUAGUGGUGUCCCUUUUUUUUAAUUUUUUUUUUUUCUCCUAAUUCACAAUAUUGGGGUAGGUUGAGGAAGAGCAGAAAAAACCCGCUCGAGGAGAUGUAACCUCCUGGGUUUUUUGCGACCGGGGCGGCAGCAGCCAGACCCUGUGUUUCCCCACCCGACCGGACGAUUCCCACCGGGAGCAUCCCUAGAGUGGCUCCAUGUCGCCCCGGGCCGCUAGAAAGGCCCAGCUCCUGCUUUCUAGUCCUCAGUGGAAACGACCCCUCGGAACUAUACCAGCAGCCGCGCUGCAGAGCUCUGAUCCCGAGCAAGAGGCUUUGUCGGGGAGGGGAGUUUAAACGUGAACUGAUUUUGCUGUGCCGAGCCCCUUUCGACAGAUAAAAUAACUGUAAUUGUUGUAAUUACCACAUAAUUGCCCCCUGACAGCUUAGGGACAGCGGCGACAAACCAAAUUUAAGUGUCUAUUUAGAAAGGCAAACCAGCGUCCCAGAAAUCUCACAGCAUUCCUCCAGCACUACUAUCCAGCGAAAAACGAGAGAAAAAAAAGUGUUGUGAGAGCCUCUCGGCUUUGCAAGGGUGGCCGGAUCAGCGGUGGUCCGCAGAGGAGAUGCGCGCAAGGCGCCCACGGCAACACGGAGCUGGCUCCCGCGCUGUACUGUGCGGGUGCGCUUGGUCGGGCGGGCAUUUACCGCAGGUCCCACCCGGCUGCCGCAUGCGGGCCCUGCAGCGGGCGGGGGUUGUGCCCGCGACACCGGGUUCGGUCGGCUACCCCAUGACCAGGCUGUGUGGCCCCUUCGCCUCUGAAUGUUCCGAACUGGCAAACACCAACAGAUUCCUCGCAGCCAGGGGCAGCUCGGGGCUGCUCGGCACCAAGUCUGGGCAGGCGGAUCCUAUUUGAAGUCCCGCUUCUUCUGCCAAAAGGAGCUUCGUGAGAAUCGAGACAGGGUGAAGCCCGCUUUCAGCAGGACUUCACUUGUCUCCCACGGAGUAGUCUAUAGAGAAUACGCCUUUGCGGAGUGGAGACAUUGAUUUAAUGCCUUGGGCUUGUACACGGAAAAUAUCAAUCGACCGACAGCGAUAAGGUAGCAAGUUUCACAUAUCAGCUGAGGAGCACAGACCGUGUGUAAUGGAAAUAUUCGGGGCGUUGGUAAUAGAAGCAUUUAAGCGAACCGAGGCAGUUCCAAACCUCUCAUAGAUAAGGAGAGGAGCCUGUCACGAAUGCAGCGUGUGCCCUUUCUCCACUUGCCAUCAAGAUUGUAUUCCUCCCCUUUCUUCUCGUAGGCAAAUGGUGUCUGCGGUGGGCAAUGAGCCACUGACAAGACAGGGCUCAUGUUAAAAACGCGGCUCCCCGGCGCAAAGCACGCAGUUUUCUGCGAUCAGUUUAAGACUUGGAAAUCAGCAGUGGGGAGAAGAGUCCCCUGUUUUCCGUCCUGCUCCUAGCUGCCCUGCUGCCGCUUUAAUCAUGUGCUCAAGAAACCCCCAGCCACAGUGCAAAAAUAAACUAAAAGUGGGCUACAGAGGAAGAGGGUGCAUCUCCCCGCCCCGCAAUGUGUAGAAGAGCUUACGAGCAUCUCCCUUCAUCCGGACCGCUCGCCCCGUCCCAGGAGGGAAGAAGCUGAUGGGUGCGGGGCUUCUGCCCGUGUCGGAGGUGGUAUCUCUGCCCCGCGUCCGGGACAGAGGCAAAGCAGGGGCCCGCCAGGCUGCAGGUUCCAGGCUCCGGCCGCCACCACAAUUUAUAGGGGAACUUCGCCUUUUCCUAUUCGGCAAUUAUCUCCGACCGGACACAUGCGAGAGAGAGAAAACGGCUCAUUUAGCGUCGUUAAAUACAAACGGGGAAUAAAUCAGGGCGGCGGGAGAUCCCUGUAAAGGUUUACAUGGAGUUUGGGCGGUGAGGAGACUCCCGGCCUGGGGUGAGGGGGGGAUGUUGGGCGCGCCGACCGGGCAGGGGCACUCGAGGCUACAAAGCGGGUACGGCCGCGAGUCCGCGGGGCUGGGCAGGGGCGGCCCCGGCAGCCAGGACCGAGGGGACGCGAUGGGUUCCCUGGCGCAGCGGAGCCUCCUCUGCCGCGGGGUCCGGCAGUCCUGUGUCCUCCGGCAAGAGGGGCAGGACGGGGCCCUCGCCUGUGGCACCGCGUCGGAACACCUGCGAGCAGCACCUCCCCUUCACAGAAGGGAAGGGUCGAUGGAAUAAAAGCAACUUCAGCCGUCCAAGUCAAGGGGGAGAAAUAAAAUCACAAAUAAUUCCUGGGUUGUUUCCUGAGUGCGAAUGAACAGCACUGCACAUCUACAUCGUCUACAUCGGCAAAUAGUCGGAGGAUGUACAUUAUUUGGACAGAAUUAAUUUGAAAUUUUCGGGACUGAAAGAUGAGAAAAAAAUUGCAGGACAAUUUUUCAUUUGAAGCUUAUAAGUGCCGAUAAAAUAUAAGUAAAUCGUAAAAAAACGGCGCGAGAAAACUCUUCAAACAUUGGCAUAGCUUCAAAAAUUGUUUUGAAAUGUGUUGAGUAGGUAUUGAAAUUGGUCCAUCAGCAUAAAACCGAAAUAAAUUAAUUCCCUUGCUGUAACCUCAACUAGCCAUUAGAAGAGCAAUUGACUCGAUUUUAAUUUUAUAGCGAUAUUAUAGAUAAAACGCUUGAUUGCGAUAACGAUGCACCUUGUAUCGUUUCUUUUCUGUUAUGAUAAAACGGAAUCUAGACAUCUAUGUAUGAACAUAUGUCUUUAAUCACUCUGAAAAGAAUAUUUUUAAAACAGAGACUUCAUAAAUAAAUAAAUAAAUAUUUUUCGUGUGCAUUUUCGUGGUACAUUUAGUUCGCGAAGAAGCAAAU